AGAAUAAACACGUCCAGAAAUCACCUUCUGUGAAUCACUUACCUACUGAAAGAAACGUCCUGUGGGUUUAUAGUUUUUAUCCAGGCUCUAGCUAUGGAAAAUCUCAGCAGAGAAUAAGCGACAGAGAGUAAGUUCAUGCAGGGAAGGACAUCAGAAGCGAAUGAAUAUUUAGAGCAACAUCAAAGUCCUGAUUUGUUCCCUUGGAGCUGGAUAUUUCUAUAAAAGCUGCUAAGAAUUUGUUUUUUUCUGCCAAGUUCAGACUUCAUCUCUCUCUUUGCUAUGGAGGAGAGAUCUGCUGAGGAGUUUCUCUUCAAAGACCAGGACUUCUCCUCCGAACUGCUGAGGCAGCUGAACACGCUGCGGCAGAGCGGGAUGCUGACUGAUGUUACCCUCUGCUCUGGGGGCUUUGAAGUCCCCUGCCACAGAAACGUGCUGGCUGCCAGCAGCCCGUACUUCAAGGCGAUGUUCUGUAACAACUUCAAAGAGAGUCACCAAGCCAAAGUCACCCUGAAGGGUAUUGACGCUGAAAUUUUGGACCAGAUUAUCCUUUACAUUUACACAGGGGAGAUUCUCAUAUCUGCUGAGAAUGUCUUGUACCUCUUGGAGACAGCGUCCAUGCUGCAGUAUGCUAAGCUGUUUGAGGCCUGCUCUGCCUACCUCCAAGAUACGCUGACUCCUGACAACUGUCUAAGCAUGAUCAGACUGGCAAAAAUCUUGAACUGCCAAAGCCUGAAUAAGAAAGCCAAGGCUAUGGCUUUGAAAUGUUUUCCUGAAGUGGCCUCUUCUGAGGACCUCAAGGAUCUCUGUCCUUUGGAGCUCCUUGAUUACCUUGGGGAUGAUGAGCUGUGUGGGGAGGAGGAGCAGGUCUUCGAGACACUGAUGGUCUGGAUCCGGCAUGACCUCCAGGCAAGACAGCGCUACAUCCAAGACUUGUUCAAGAAGGUCCGGCUUCAGUACGUCCAUCCAACUUUCCUCUUCCAUUUCAUUGCCAAUGACUCCCUUGUUCAGUCUUCACCCACUUGCAGGAGCAUUCUCGAGUCAGCUCGGAGACAGAUGUUUUCCUUGUACAGCACCAACGCACCUGACAUCAAGCCAAUGGUACAUGUUCCUCGCAGAUACUCCAACCAAGAGUUCCUCAUCAUCAUCGGUGGCAGGAAGGACAACCAGCAGACCACAAGGGAUGUCCUGCUGUAUGAUGACAAGACCAACCAAUGGCUAAGCCUGGCCAAACUUCCUGUACGCCUGUACAAAGCAUCUGCAGUGAGCUUACACAGUAAUAUUUAUGUGCUUGGAGGGAUGCCUGUUAGCAAUAAGAAAAGUCCAGUCAGCGAUAAUAUUUACAUUUACUCCCUCAAACUCAAUCAGUGGAGGUUGGUUGAGCCCAUGCUAGUUCCACGUUAUUCCCACAGAAGCUUGGCAUAUAAAAAUUAUAUUUUAUCAUUCGGUGGAAUUGGUGAAAACCAAGAAAUCCUGAAUUCUGUGGAAAGAUAUGACAGCAUCUACAACACCUGCGAGAGCAUGGCAAACAUGCCUGUAGCUGUCCUUCACCCUGCUGUUGCUGCCAAAGACCAGAGGGUGUACCUCUUUGGGGGAGAAGACAUUAUGCAGAACCCUGUCCGGCUUAUCCAGGUUUACCAUGUCUCCAGGAAUAUGUGGUUUCGGAUGGAGACCAGAGUGGUGAAGAACGUCUGUGCACCAGCUGUUGUGAUUGGAGACCAGAUUAUCAUCGUGGGAGGGUACACUCGGAGAAUAAUUGCUUAUGAUACAAAAGGCAACAAGUUUAUCAAAUGUGCAGACAUGAGGGACAGGCGAAUGCAUCACGGGGCCACUGUCAUCAAGAACAAGCUGUAUGUUACAGGAGGACGAUGUCUCACUGUGGACAAUGUCAUCGAAGACUCAGAUUCCUUGGACUGCUAUGACCCAGAGACCGACACAUGGACACCAAAGGGAAAACUGCCACACAAACUCUUUGACCAUGGGUGCCUUACACUCCAGUGUGUACCCUGUUCUAACCUUCUCUGAAUGACAUUUGGUACUUCCCAGAAUGUUUGUUGUUUUCUUCCUCCUUGCUCUGCAUAGAGUACAGGGAAUCCUCCUGGAGUCCCAGCAACUCUUGUUCUUGAAGGUCCUAGUGGGGUUGGUCACUCCCCAAAUACUCUGCCAGAAAGAUCGUGACCUUCAUGCUCAUGCCAUAUUCACCUGACCAAUACUGCAUGUGGUACUGCUUUCAGUAAGUCCUGCCUUCAGGCCUUACUCAGAAUCUCAAGGGGAAGCGGGAAAAAUGACUGGGUAGGAACCUGGUGCAGGAUUUAGCUUUGUGAAGACCUUGAAGUGAAAGGCAGAUAGGAGUGCUGGUACCUCCAGAGGAAGUAAAAUCUGGGUAACCCGCAUUUAUGUUAGCGUGCAAAGAAGCAGAACUACUCAGCUGCAUGUCAUGACCCUUUGCUGCUUGGAGCCGACCAAGUUUUCUAUUUCCAGUGGCAGCAACACUUGGAAUAGGAAGUCCCAAGCUCUGAAUGUGUAGCCAGCCUGGAAGCAUCUGUCUGCAUUGGCAGUAAACAUCUUCUAAGACAGAUAGUUCUAAUGUUUCUAAUAUCAAUAGAAAAGUGAUAUAAAAAUAUUAAAAGGCUGAUGCUUUGAUCUAAAUGCUUACAUUACAAGAUGUAGAUUUGAUUUCCUUGAGCUACCUCUCUUUCAUGUUGCAGUGAAGAUUUUUGUUUCAUUUACCUGCUCUCCAAAGGAGGGGGAGAAGGGACAAUGGAAAUAAAGAUUAUCUGUGGCUUCUUUUUGGAGGGAUCUUGCUUUGAAGGAAGCUUCCUUUUUCCUUUGCACUUGGGAUAGAAGUAGGGUUGGUUAGGAAGAUCUUCAGCUGAUGUAUUCCUGAAAUUAGAAAUAACGAGAGUACAUGGAGGAAAGGGGAUGUAAAAGAGAUGAUGUAUUUGGGUGGAACAUUUUUUUCCCUUUCUCCUCUUUCCAAACCACUGGAAAGCAGUGAUGAGACAAUGCCAGUGACAGGAAACCAGCUUUCCAAGAAGAGCAAAUCUAAGUCUGCCACUUGGCAGAGCAGCUCUGGCUCCACCAAUAUUUUUAUGGGGUUCUGUCAGUAUUUUUAUGGGAGGGGAUUAAUCACCAGAUACUGAACAGGCUAUGAACUGCUGUCAGAUUAGUAGGCUUGGUAAGAUUGUUGAGAUAGCAAGGAGCUUGUAAGAUCUGGUGAUCACCAUCUAGGAAAAGAAUAGCAUAAAAUACACACCAUUUUCCUCGUAUUCAGAAGAAAAUGGGACUUUUCCAAGGGCACAGGGUAGCUUGAGGAAACCACGCUCAAGCCUCCUCUUCACAGGAGGCUGCACAGCCACGUGGUCAUUACCAUACUGCAGGACACCAGUUCCAACCUCUAUGAUAUCCUCUUGUAAAACUGUAUCCGGAAGCAGAAGGUCGACAGAAAUAGUUAACAAAGCUGGGGGUUGGAAGGAGGACUUGCAUAUUGAAUGCUAUUUUAACAAUGCAAAAUAAAAUGUUUAUUCUUGUUUGUAUGGGC